AUGGCUUCUAUCGCACAAACUCUGGAAGACGCUUCGGCGAACAUCAUCUUGAAUGCCAAGAAUGGUAUCUCCAACGGCAACGGGCAUGAGCCCACACGGACUCCUCUGAAGCCAACCGGCAUCUUGGACAACCACGAGCACUUUGACCUGACACCUGUUAUCGGUCGAGAAUUUCCUGAGGCCAAUUUGGUGGAAUGGCUGCAGUCUCCCAACGCGGAUGAGUUGCUGACGGAGCUGGCAUAUCUGAUCUCAUCCCGCGGUGUAGUGUACUUUCGCAAGCAAGAUAACCUCACCAACAACCUCCAGAAACAACUCAUCCAACGACUGGGCGAGCUCUCCGGCAAGCCUUCAUCAUCCACCCUCCACAUCCACCCAGUCCUAAACUCAGAAGGCGAGAUCGACGAGACGCGCGACCCGGAUGCACAGAUUAGCACAAUAUCAAGCAAACUGUUCAAGAAGGUAUACAGUACUCCGGCUGCGACUGGACGAUCCUCCAAGAAGCAGAGCAGCGAUCAAUGGCACAGCGAUAUCGCGUUUGAACCCGUGCCGGCAGACUACACAAGCCUGCGGUUGACACAACUGCCAAAGACAGGCGGCGACACGCUCUGGGCCAGCGGCUACGAGAUCUACGAUCGUAUCUCUACUCCCGUCCAGAAGUUCUUGGAGACAUUGACUGCCCACUUUGCUCGCCCUGACUUCACCGCGGCUGCUGUGCGUGGCGGAUUCACCAUCUACUCCAAGGCUAGAGGCUCUCCAGAGAAUGUUGGUGAUUCGCUCUCAGCGGAUCAUCCUGUGGUUCGCACCAAUCCAGUCACGGGCUGGAAGAGCGUCUACCCGGUCGGACAGCACGCACAGUAUAUCAAGGAUGUCACUGCCGAGGAGAGCGAUAUGUUCUUGGGAUGGUUCAAAACACUUUUGAAGGAUAACCACGACCUGCAAUGCAGGUUCAAGUGGAAGAAUGUGAACGACAUCGCGAUCUGGGAUAACCAUUCAACUUUCCACAAUGCUACCUUUGACUUCGAGGGGUUGGGCGAUCGAGCUGGCAACAGAGCUGUCGGUAUUGGCGAGCGGCCUUUCUUCGACCCCAGUAGCAAGUCGAGACGGGAAGCCCUUGAAGGUUCUGAGAUCGGAACUUACUUCAAGGUCUAA